AUUGGGAACUUUUCAACAGAUUUCAUUAUUUAUUUAAUGUUUGCCUAUUUCCAUAUUAUACAUUAUAUGCUGAUGCUUUUAUGUUAAGCCGCUUUGAGUCUCCUGCAGGAGAGAUAAAGCGGGGUAUAAAUAGAUAUAAUGACAAUAAUUCACAUUCAGUGAGAUCUUUCCCUGUUCAACUCCUGAAGAGAUUUUCCUCUCAUUUAUCUGACAGAUAACCUGUGAACAAGUCUUGUGAAGAACACCUUGUGAGAGCGUUGCCCUAGGAAUCCUGUAAGCCUAAAGUGACUUGAAGAUACACAACAAUAACAAGAAGAAAAAAUAAGUAGUACAAAAUAUAUCUCAAGCUAUAUACCUGUAUAGAUUGUGCUAUAAAAAGAGAGGCUUGGGAAAACCAGCAGAAGUCUACAGCAGUACAAAGACUUGAAUUAUAAAUAUAAAAGAAUGGCAAGUCCUCUACCUACCUAUCCCAAAUCAAGCACAGGGGUGAAGUUACAUCAGUGUGUGGAAUGUGGGAAAAAAUUUUGUUGGAAAGGUUCUCUUACUGUACAUGAACGGACCCACACAGGGAAGAAGCCAUAUAAAUGCAUGGAAUGUGGAGAAAGCUUCAAUGAGAGUGGCACUUUACGUGUCCAUCAAAGGACCCACACAGGGGAGAAGCCAUAUAAAUGCAUGAAAUGUGGAAAGAGCUUCAGUCACAGUUCAAGUCUGCAUAUCCAUCAAAGGACCCACACAGGGGAGAAGCCAUAUAAAUGCAUGGAGUGUGGAGAAAGCUUCAGUCAUAGUCACUCUCUGCUUUCCCAUCAAAGGACCCACACAGGGGUGAAGCCAUAUAAAUGCAUGGAAUGUGGAAAGAGCUUCGGUCAGCGUGGAACGCUGCGUUCCCAUCAAAGGACCCACACAGGGGAGAGGCCAUAUAAAUGCAUGGAAUGUGGAGAAAGCUUCAGUCAGAGUGGCAGUCUACGUUCCCAUCAAAGGACCCACACAGGGGAGAAGCCAUAUAAAUGCAUGGAAUGUGGAGAAUGCUUCCAAGGGAGGACCAGUUUACAUACCCAUCAAAAGAACCACACAGGGGAGAAGCCAUAUAAAUGCAUGGAAUGUGGAAAGAGCUUCAGUCACAGUUCAAGUCUGCAUAUCCAUCAAAUGACCCACACAGGGGAGAAUCCACAUAAAUGCCUGGAAUGUGGAAAAAGCUUCAGUCACAGUGGCAGUCUACGCUCCCAUCAAAGGACCCACACAGGGGAGAAGCCACAUAAAUGCAUGGAAUGUGGAAAGAGCUUCAGGCACGGUGGACAUCUGCGUUCCCAUCAAAGGACCCACACAGGGGAGAAGCCACAUAAAUGUAUGGAAUGUGGAGAAAGCUUCAGUCGGAAAAACAGCCUACAUUCCCAUCAAAGGACCCACACAGGAGAGAAGCCAUAUGAAUGCAAAGAAUGUGGAAAGAGCUUCAGUCACAGUGUGGGUCUGAGUGCCCAUCAAAGGACCCACACAGGGGAGAAGCCAUAUAAAUGCCAAGAAUGUGGAAAAAGCUUCCGUCGGAGAUACCAUCUACGUUCCCAUCAAAGUACCCACACAGGGGAGAAGCCACAUAAAUGCACAGAGUGUGGAAAGAGCUUCAGUCGGAAAUACCAUCUACAUUCUCAUCAAAGGACCCACACAGGGGAGAAGCCAUAUAAAUGCAUGGGAUGUGGAGAAAGUUUCAGUCAGAGUGUACACCUACAUUCCCAUCAAAGGACACACACAGGGGAGAAGCCAUAUAAAUGCAUAGAAUGUGGAAAGAGCUUCAGUCAGAGUGGAAAUCUGCGUUCCCAUCAAAUGAGGCACAUAAGAGAAGCUACAUAAAUGCACAUAAUGUGGAAAGAGCUUUAGAAAAAGUUCAGCAUGCAAUAGACACCAAAAAACCCAUGCAAGGCUAGAGGAGACCUGCCUUUGAAUUUCCGAAAUCUCUUUAAAAGAACAAUGAGUCACAAAGAAAAUUUUGAUUCAACAGAUAUGAAAAAUUAUAAACCAAUUUCUCUUCUGAAUCUUGACUACAAUAUUUUUACCAAUGUAUUGGCACAAAGUCUAAAAUUAUUUUUAAAUGAAUGGAUCAUAAAAGAUCAAAUGCCUUUAUCCCCAUUGUUAUUUAUAAUGGCUCUUGAAGUAUUGUUAAAUAAUAUAAGAGAAGAUAAAGAGUUAUUGGGAAUGAAAAUAAGAAAA